GGCUGAUGGCCCGCCUGCCAAAGUUUUCCAGGGCAGACCAAGGGAAGCCUACGGAGGAGCAGAGGAGGAAGAGAAGGCCAGAAGAGAAGACUUGGAAAAGAUGGCUUGGCUCAAGCUCACCAUGCCCCUCUUCCUGCUGGGGGCUCUGCUGGUUUGGCCGGCUUUCUGCCAACAGCCCCCCUGCGAGGUGGUCCGGAAGAUGGUGCCACGGGGCUCCUUCCGGCUAGACGUGGAGCCCCGCGAUUAUACGCCCAAUAACGUCUAUACAGUAUCGAUCUCUGGUGCAGAAAACGCCUCUUCUGUGAUCUUGCAAACUGUGCCUUCGGACAACAGCGGUGAGGGGCUGUGGGAAGAGGAGAAGCGGCUGGUCCGUUGCGGCCCCUAUGAGACCAUCGUGCAGAAAAACAUCUCAGGGUCCGCCAUCCGGACCCGCUGGAUUUCCUCAAGCAACCUCAACACUGGAUCGGCAGAAAUAAGAGCCUUCGUCACUUUUGCCAACGGAACCACCUUGCUCCAGACCAGGACUCUGGCAAAAGGCGGGGUCAGCUCAAUGUCAUCGUCUUCCGUCUCCCGGCCAACCAGCAGCACCGGCAAUCCGACUCUUCUGAGCCACCCUAGUGAUGGUCACCGCCACAUCAACUCCACCUCCUUCCACCAUAAUUUAGCACCUUCCCAUCCAUCCAUCAAAGGUCCGCACAGUUCGGUCUCGGUGACCCAAGCCAGCUCGUGCCUUCUCGCCAUGCUGCAGCUUCUUUCCAUCUCUCUGGGAUACAAGCUCCUGGCUUAAGCUCUGGCCCCGGGUUAUCAGGAGCACCUGUCCAUGUUUGCGUACCACCAGAAUUUGAGAACUAAUGGACUGGUUUUCUUGGGAACCAAAUAUCCCUCCUGCAAAAUCCCCCUUCCUUCCCCCGGCCCCCUUCCCAGUCUCUCUUUUCCGCUGAACUCAGAGGCCGAUACCAGAACCCGCUUCGGCGUCUGUCUUGCCUCAAUCCAAAGAGAAAUGUCCUACUGUAGGGGUAUCAAACUCGAUUGCAUUGAGGGCUGCAUCAGCGUUGUAUUUGACCUCAGGGGGCCCGGGGUGGACGUGGCCAGCUCAGCGUCACUUGUGUUGGGGUUGC